GCUUUUCUUCUUUUUAUUUUACUCUUACCUUAACUUCUUCAGCCCCUUUUGCCCCCUUCUCUCUCACUGCUUCUUUACCAAUCCUCCACAGACAAAUUCACACAAAAUCUUUGUUUUUCCCUAAAAGGGUUGCUUCUAUAUGCAAUUUUAUCAAUACCCAGAAGAAAUUAUUGUUCUACACAUCCAAGAUUUGCUCUGUAGGGUUAUCGCAGUGGUAUCAUUUGGAUUUUUUCGGUUUUCAUCGACCCCAUAUCAGCAAAAGUUAUAAUAGAUUGCAUUUUUUUCAGGGUUGGUGAUUUUUUGUUGUUGAAAGUUAUGGUGUCUUCGAUGUUUUGCUAUGAAUCCAGUGAAACAGAGAUGGAUUAUCCUCCGUUUUACUCAAGAAUGAGAUUAAAGUCUUUAGAUUUGAUGGGAAUGGAUGUAACUUCAAUGGAUACUAUUGAGGAUGAAAAACAUGAUGAUGUAGUGUCUACAAUGGAGUUAACUGUUGGUUGCUUGCAAAAUUUUGGUUCACCAUUGUGUGUUGAGAUGAGUUGCCAGUCUAAUGGAGAGAGUGAGAACGUUUCAACGUCUCGUGAUGUCGGUGGCAGUUCAACGAUUGACAAGAGUAGCAUGGUGUAUCCACAAGGUGUACUUGCAACUGGAUGGAUGUAUGUCAAUGAACAGGGUCAAAUGUGUGGUCCUUACAUAAAGGAACAGUUAUAUGAGGGUUUGUCUACUGGUUUUUUGCCAGAAGAACUUCACGUUUAUCCCGUCUUAAACGGGACCAUUUCGAAUGCAGUGCCCUUAAAGUAUUUCAAUCAAUUUCCUGACCAUGUUGCGACCGGCUUUGCUUAUGUAAUGGUUUCGUCCUCUGGUGCAAGUGGACCGACGGAUAAGUCCAUGGGAGUUGCCAAAGAUUCAGGAGGAAAUGGAGUGGAGUUGCCAACAACUUCCCCCUAUUCUAACUCGGUGGCUGAACAUGGAACUCAUUACUCGAACCAACAGAUGGCGACCGCUGGCUCUGCCGGAACAUUUGCUCCGUCUACCUCUUCGGUCAACGAAGAAUCGUGUUGGUUCUUUGAAGAUCAUGAAGGGACGAAACAUGGGCCGCACUCUCUUAUGGAGCUUUAUUCAUGGUGUCAUUAUGGAUACAUUGUGGAUUCAGUGAUGAUACGUCAUGUUGCUGAUAAGUAUAGACCCUUUAGUUUGAAAUCUUUGAUUAGUAGUUGGACUACGGCUACCCCUGGAGCUCUCUUUUUGUCUAAUCCCGAUGGGCAUGAGACUGCAUCUUUACAAGAUUUUGUAUCCGAAAUUUCUCAAGAAGUAUGCUCCCAGCUACAUGUGGUUAUUAUGAAAGCAGCCCGUAGGACUCUACUCGAUGAGAUUGUUAGCCAUGCAAUUUCAGAGUGCAUCUCUGAAAAGAAAGAUCUCAAGAAAGCCACUAAUCAAAAGAAAGUCACUAAUCAGUCUGUCAAGAUGUCAUCUCCUGGUACCAGAAUGUCUGCAGGUUUUGGUGGCAGUAAGGCCUUAAUUGAUCCUGAGAGGAGUGCAGAAGCUCCUAAUCUUCUUAACCGGAAAUCUCCUGCUGCUGAAAUCCCUUUGAAGUCUUCAGGAAGCUCAAAAUCUGUUGGAAGCUUUGAGAACUAUUGUGAUUCUUAUACAGUUGUUUGCAGGAAAUUAUUUGACUCUUGCAUGCAAAAUAUCUGGAAUGCUGUCUUCUAUGACCAUGUUUCAGAGUAUUCAUCUGCGUGGAGGAAGAGAAAACGAUGGUCACCUCCUUGUCUGAUGGUUGAAUCGAACAUUCCAGCAAUAUCAUAUGCUAAUUGCACCACAAAGCUUUCUACUGAAGUUUUGCAAGUGGAGGAAGAAUCCUUUCCCCCAGGGUUUGAGAAAAAGAAUGUGACAGGGGAUUUGCCUUCAGUUUCGUCAUCAAAAGAUUGCGCCGUGGAGCUUUCUACUGAAGUUCUGCAAGUGGAGGAAGAAUCUUUUGGCUGUGAUCCUGAUUAUCCCCCAGGGUUUGAGGAGAAGAAUAUGACAGCAGAUAUUCCUUCAGUUUCGUCAUCAAAAGAUCGCACCGCGGAGCUCUCUACUGAAGUUUUGCAAGUGGAGCAAGAAUCUUUUGGCUGUGAUCUUGAUUUCCCCCCAGGGUUUGAGGAGAAGAACUUGACAGCGGAUUUGCCUUCAGUUUUGUCAUCAAAAGAUUGCACUGUGGAGCUCUCUACUGAAGUUUUGCAAGUGGAGCAAGAAUCUUUCGGCUGUGAUCUUGAUUUCCCUCCAGGGUUUGAGGAGAUGAAUAUGACAGUGGAUUUGCCUUCAGUUUCAUCAUUUUUGUCGAGAUCCAGUCAUGCAACGGACCCUGAAGCUGAUGAUCGUAUGCAACCUAUCCUUGAGAGUGUAUUUGAUGAACUCCACUUGUCUGCAAAGAUGUCCUUGGAAGAUUAUUUCACUAGCCUUUUGCAUGAAGAGGUGAUGGGAAAAGUUGAUUCGCUUAAAGAUGGCGUGAUAAUCAAGGUUGCUGAGGACCCAAAUAUUUUUAAUGGCGGUGCAAGUCAAAAUGACUCUUCUGAGGCCAUUUUGGUGUCAGAAAACUUAGCUCAUGUUGAUAUUCAGAAUACUUCCUCGCGCAAAAAAUCAUUGCACCAGAACUCUAUUGAUCCAUAUGUGAUUCCUGUGUCAGAGUGGUUUUCAAGUGCAUUUCAGAAGUCUGCUGGUUUAGACAAUGCCUCCAGUAAUGAAAUGACUGAUGAGCUGCAACCACCUGAAUGCGAAGCUGUUCCUGUACAAACUUCUAAAGUUCGACUUGCUAGGUCUGAUGAUUCUAUUUUGAGAAUAAUAUGGUAUGCGACCCUGUCAAAUUGCCGGCAGAGGGUACAUGAGAAAGCACUGAGAGAGUUGAAAAGUUUUCUUGUUGAUGAUAUAAUUAGAAACUUUUUGACAACUUCGUCUUCUGCGAGGAGAUGUAGUAAAUCCGAGGAUUCUCCGGUUACAAGAAGCAAAGCGGGUGAUGAAACACGUGAUAAAUCUCCAGAUGCAUUAAGCAAAAGUGGGGAUGGUUUUCCUAAUGUACCUACAGCAGUGGGGAAAUAUACAUAUUACCGAAAGAAAAAGAUGGUUAAAAGAAAGUCAGGCUCUUCAUCGCAGCCUCUCCCUGGUGGAGACAUUGGCUAUGAAAAGAGUUCUCUAAACAAGUCAAAGAAAAAAGAUCUCUCGGGAGAGGCAACAGAGAACACUAAAGGUGACAGUGCAACUUCAAGUGAGAAGGAAAUUGGGCUGAAAGAUUGUCGCAGAGAGUUGUUCACUAAUGCCUCUUUAGUUGUUCCUCCAUCAUCGGUUAUUAGUUGUAACACUAGCUCGGAGAAAGUUGCUUCUGUCUCCAAAGCGGGGAAAAGUAAUGCAAGUCGCAAAAAACUGAAGGCCACUUUUAUUGCUGAGGUCUGCAGUGAUAAUGGAAAGGUUGAUGGAGACGUUGUCUUCAGAAAGAGAUCUAUUAGCAAGAAGUCAAGGAAACAAGAUCUCUUGGGGGAGGCAACGGGGAGCACUAAAGUUGACAAUGCAGAUUUAAAUGGCAUUGCAUUUGGGCCGAAAGAUUGUCGCAGAGAGUUGUUCGCUAAUGCUUCUUUAGUUGUUCCUCCAUCAUCUGUUACUAAUUGUAACACUAUCACAGAGAAAAUUGCAUCUGUUUCCAAAGCGAGGGGAAGUAGUGCAAGCCGCAAAAAACUGAAGGAUGCUUUUGUCGCUGAGGUCUCCAGUGAUAAUGGGAAGGUUGGUGAAGAUGUUGGCUUCAAAAAGAGAUCUAUCGACAAGUCAAGGAAACAAGAUCUCUUGGGGGAGGCAACAGAAAGCACUAAAGGUGACAAUGCAGCUUUAAAUGUUAAGGAAAUUGGGCUGAAAGAUUGUCGCAGAGAGUUGUUAACUAAUGUGUCUUUAAUUGUUCCUCCAUCAUCUGUUAUUAAUUGUGACAUUAUCUCAGAGAAAGUCGCAUCUGUUUCCCAAGCGAGAAGAAGAAAUGCAAGCCGCAAAAAACUGAAGGCUGCUAAUGCCACUGAGGUCUCCAGUGAUAAUGGGAUGGUUGAUGGAAACAUUGGCUUCAAAAAAAGAACUAUUAACAAGUCAACGAAGCAAGAUCACUUAGGGGAGGAAACAGAGAUCAAUAAGGGUGACAAUGCAGCUUUACGUGUUGAGGAAAUUGGGCUGAAAGAUUGUCACAAAGAGUUAUUCACUAAUGCGUCUUUAGUUGUUCCUCCAUCAUCGGUUAUUAAUUUUAACACCAUAUCAGAGAAAGUUGCAUCUGUUUCCCGAGGGAGAAGUAAUACAGGCCACAGUAAACUGAAGGCUACUUUAGUUGCCGCGGACUCCAGUGGUGAUGGAAAGGUGGCUGAGGUUGCAAACAGGGAAUUGGGCACUCAAGAAAUGCAACCACCCUCUAGUUCGAAGAAGACUCCUAAAUCAGCAGCCAAAUUACCGGAUUUGAAAAAGAGAAAACUAGAGGAUAAUCUGACAGCAUCUCGUUCAAGAAAAUUUCAGAGACAAUCAAGUGGUGUUGGCAACCAAGCUGCAACAAAGGUGGCUACUCCAGAGAAGAACCAGAAGGGUAAAUCCCGGAUAGCAAAACAUUGUACACAAUCAGUUGGCUGUGCUCGAACUUCGAUCAAUGGUUGGGAGUGGCGUAAAUGGUCGUUGAGGGCAAGUCCUGCCGAAAGGGCUCGUGUUAGGGGAACUAAGGUUGUUCAUAUUCAAUCUGUUAGUUCAGAUGCUAAUGGUUCUCAAAUGUUAAAUGUUAAGGGAAUUUCUGCAAGAACAAAUAGGGUUAAGUUGCGCAGCCUCCUUGCUGCUGCCGAGGGUGCUGACCUCUUGAAAGCUACUCAAUUGAAGGCUAGGAAGAAGCGCCUUCGCUUCCAACAAAGUAAGAUACAUGACUGGGGUCUUGUUGCCCUUGAGCCUAUUGAUGCUGAAGACUUUGUCAUUGAAUAUGUUGGAGAGCUUAUACGUCGUCGUGUAUCUGACAUACGAGAGCACUAUUAUGAGAAGAUAGGAAUUGGGAGCAGUUACCUUUUCAGACUGGAUGAUGAUUAUGUGGUUGAUGCAACAAAACGUGGUGGUAUUGCCAGAUUCGUAAACCAUUCUUGUGAGCCAAAUUGCUAUACAAAAGUUAUAAGUGUUGAGGGUCAGAAAAAGAUCUUCAUAUAUGCUAAGCGGCAUAUUGCAGCUGGUGAAGAGAUAACUUACAACUACAAGUUUCCCUUGGAGGAAAAGAAGAUCCCGUGUAAUUGUGGUUCUAAGAGGUGUCGUGGCUCGAUGAAUUGAAAUGCAAAAGAGAUGCCAGAUCUGAUGUGUUAGGGGUCUGUUCUUGACCUGUGGUUUCCAAGGACACCCAUGCUGCAGUUUGCACAGAGUUCGUCAUCGUGUACAUCUUGUAAGCAAUGGGUUUGCCCUUGCAACUCCUGGUCGGGCGGUACCAGAUGCAUACACGUACUUCCGGGUUUACGCAUUCUUGUGAAAAAAGGACGACGAGUGUGUGCCCCUUGCAUAUUUUCUUGUAGAUAUCACAGUUGCAGAUGAGUUCCUCCUCUUAAGAAUUCAAAAUCGGUUGUUCUUUUAUUAUGCAAUUUCAAGGCACUCUUUUGGAACUAUAUCUCGUGUACAGACAUACAUUACAAUAUACCUUACAUUUCAAGUAUAAUAAUAUAUACCAUAUUUAAUUUCACGGAAUUCAAAGUACCUUUUAGUUUAUUUGGUUGUUAUGUUGAGAUAUCUCGUGUUGCGAGGGUCUAUCGGAAAUAGUCUCUCUUCCUCACAAAGGUAGGGGUAAGGUCGUGUACAUCUUAUCUUACUCCACUUGUGGGAUUACAUUGGGGAUGUUGCUGAGAUAUCUUGUCUAUGUGUGUGUGAAUGCACUAUUUAUUUUCGUCAAUCUUUACAUAUACGGGUCAAUAUGUUGUGUUUUUUGUGAAUUAUUACUCUCGAUAAUCUUUCCAUAGAUACAUAUUGCUAUAAUCUGCUGUCUAGCAUGUUAGGAGAGUUUGACCCGAAACUCGAUUUAAGAUCUAAGAGGUUAAGUUGGUACCCUGACUAUAUGUUGAUGUCCCUGGGGUAAGAGUAAUUUUAGCAAUGAAUGCGGGAAUCAUAUUGUUUGGACUCUUCAAAAAUGUUGUCAGAUCCUCCAACACACACCCGUCGAUAUUUUUGAAGAGUCCGAGCUUACAUAAGCCAUGUGUAUGCUCAAAAUGCUAGAGUGCAUUUACAGGUUUUUCUACUAAGGAAGAAUUAAUACAUGGAUUAAUUUUUUCUUAUUUUAGAAUUUUUUUAAUCACUUUGCAGUCAAGUUGAUAAAUCUAAUUAGUAUGCCAAAAUCCCAUUUUUGAUCAUAGGUUAUAAUGUUGUACUUGCAUUAUCACAAAGAAGCUUUUUUUUUGUUCUUUUAUACCAAUCUUUAGUUAUUAUUUGACGCAGGGACAAUCAGGUAUUGCCUGUUCAUUCAAAAUUGCUAGUAGAUGAUGAUGUGGGUCGAUUGACGCCUUUCUGGUACGCGUCUUUUAUCCUCUAUUUAGUUUUUUCUGCCCUCGACUGUGGCUAGUGGCACUCUCCGCGAUGUUAAUAUACUAUAUGAUAGUUUAGAGUGAAGCUCAUGAAGUGAAAAAUACGCGAGUUAAGGGAUUGUGUUGAGAGGGGGGUAAAAGUCCGGCUAUAUACAAUAGCUAAUGACAUAUAUCCUCCAUGCUGAAGGUUUUUGAGUAAAUCAUUCCUCCAAAAAAUACGAUUUAAAAACCGACUAAAAAUUAAAUACGUGUAUUGGAUUCAUACUCGAAUCCAAUACUACGUUUCAUCAGGGUUCACGUCCAAGUUCGCGUGUUUUUACUAUUCCUCCGGGUACUCUUCAAGACAUUUUCCAAAUGCAUCAUAUACAAGUACAAAAGAUAACAAUAGAAGAAAGAAAAAAGAACAAAAUUGGUACAAAUAUAAGUACAUAAAUAUAUGUGUUACUAUUUUUUUGUGUUUCAAUUUAUGUACUUUCAUUUUAAGAAUGCUAUUUUUUUUUUUACAUUUAGUAAUAUAUUUAAUUCCAAACAUACUAUAUGGUAUAUUUUAGUAGUUAGGAUCACACAUGAUUCAUAGUAUAUUUUGGUAACUUCUCUAUAGUUUAACUAUACAAGGUUCAACCGCCUUUCUUAUUUUCUUAAAUUUCGUGUACAGUCAAAUUAAGACACAAAAUGUAAUUGAGAUCGUAAUCAAACUAGGUGUAAAAGCUAGAAGGUAAAAAAACUCAAGGCUUAGUUGUAGUUGCAAAUGUUGAUGGACUUGUGACCUUAGCCAUGCGAAAUACGUCUGGUAUUUGAGUGGAGAAGGAUAGAAGAUCGGAUUUAUUAUCCUAGAGUUUUGAAGACUAUGUUUGGUCUUUAGCGGUUGGCUUCAAAAGAAUUUCUCGGUUAUAAAAAAAAAGCGAGUUUUCGAGUAGUUUGAAUUAAUAUUGACAUAAUAUUGGCCAUUUAUGUUGAAAUUUUUGUUAUACUAAUUGUAAUUUGAUUAUGUUAGCAGCACUAAAUUUAUAUAUGUUUGGUAUUUCAUAUCUUUUUGGUUAAAUUAUAGUUUCAUUUUAUGGCCCAUGGACCUUUUUUUUCUUGUUUUCUAUUUUUGGCCAUGUAAAUAAGCAGAUAUAGAUUAAUUAUUAAAAUUUUGAUGUAAUUCUACCUUUAAGAUCUUA